AAAAGGUUUGGCCUUUUCUGCUCUCUCUUUCUUUUCACUCUACUUGGAGUAGGCAAAACUUUGAAGAAGGAAAAAAAUGGGCAACAGCCAGAACAAGAAGAGUACUUACUCAACCACUCACAUAAUUCAAGAAAGGUCUAAAAACCAUGCCUUUUAUCAUUUUGAAUGAAACAUGUGAGAGAUUGGCAGGUUUUGGGUUGCUCCCAAACAUGAUAAUCUACAUCACAACAUUUUAUCACAUGGAAGCUGCUCCUGCUUCAGUGUUACUUGGAUUAUGGUCAUCACUUUCAAAUGGAUUGGCUAUUUUAGGGGCCUUUGUUUCUGAUUCUUACUUGGGAAGGUUUAGGGCUGUUGCUAUUGGAACCAUCUCCAGUCUAAUUGGAACAUCUCUUCUUUGGUUCACCACAAUAAUUCCACGACUCAGGCCUUUACCGUGCGGUCAGUAUCAACACGGCUGUAAUGGAACAACAGCAGCUCAACUUGCUGUACUUGUGUGUUCUUUUGGGCUUAUUUCCCUUGGUGCUGGUUUUGUUAGACCUUGUUCCAUAGCAUUGGGUGCCGACCAAUUGGAGAACAAAGAAAAUCCAGAUAAUGAGAGGGUUAUGGAUAGCUAUUUCAACUGGUUCUAUGCCAGUGUAGGAGUUUCAAUUGUUCUUGGAAGUACUGUAAUUGUUUAUAUCCAAGACCAUUUUGGUUGGCAAGUUGGGUUUGGUGUCCCUGGUUUGCUCAUGGUUUUAUCUGUUUCCGUUUUCUUGAUCAGAUCUCCUCUUUAUAUCAAAGCAAAAGCUAGAGGCAGUUUGUUCACUGGAUUGUUUCGAGUAGCAGUUGCAGCCUUCAGAAAAAGGCAUAUCAAUGUCCAGUUGAAUUAUAACGACGAAUGCUACUAUACAGCACCUGAAUCAAAGCUCCUGGAACUAUCAGCUGACUUCAGGUGUUUGAAUAGAGCUUGCAUAAUUCAAGAUCCUCACAUUGAGUUGAAGCCUGAUGGAAAAGCUUCAGAUCCAUGUUGUCUCUGCUGUGUGGAACAAGUGGAAGCGAUGAAGUCUUUUCUUAGAGUUCUUCCUAUGUGGUCAACCUGUCUUAUGCUUCUUGUGUCGUUAGGUCAGAACUUUUUGAUAUUUCAACUGAUGACCAUGGAUAGACAUGUGUUCCCGCAGUUUGAAAUCCCAGCAGGAUCAUUCGGCAUGAUUACUAUUAUAUUUGCUUUGACAAUCUGGAUUGCUUUUUAUAAUCAUGCUUUAGUGCCUUUACUGUCAAGGUAUACAGGACAGCCAACAGGGCUAAGUCCAGUUUCUAGAAUGGGGAUUGGCUUAAUUCUCGGCUGCUUGGCUAUGGCACUUUCAGCAAUAACAGAAACCAUACGACGCAACAAGGCAAUCGAUGCAGGGUUCAAGGAUGACCCGAGAGCCGUGUUAAACAUGUCAGCUAUGUGGCUCGUGCCACAGUUUUCACUAUAUGGGGUAGCUGAGGCUUUGAAUGUGGUUGGACAGAUUGAGUUCAUAUACACAUUAUUUCCAAAAAGCAUGUCCAGCUUUGCAGCAGCUAUUUACACGGUUGGUCUUGCUAUUGCCGGCUUGAUUAGCAGUCUCUUGGUGAGCAUAGUGGAUGGUAUUACCUCAGCCGGAGGCAACACGAGCUGGCUCUCGAGCAACAUAAAUAGAGGUCACCUAGAUUACUUCUAUUGGCUAAUGACUUUUUUAAGUGUAAUUAACUUCCUCUAUUUUCUGGUCGUUUGUCGGUGUAAUGAACAUCGCCAUGAUGGUAGGGCUAGUUUACUUCCCCAUGCAGAAGAGGAACAGUUCGAAAAUAGGCUUUUACAUGGUGCCUAAUUGUAAAUAUGUCAGCAAUCAAGUGUGUGCAUUAUGUUUAGGUCUGAAUCAUUUGAAUGCCUUGUGCCUUCCCCUGACCUAAAAUAAGAUUGAGGCCCUCUUUCUUUCUCCUGCCUGGAUUA